CCUCUUCACCGCCGCCCCCUCGGCCGGGGCGUCCCGAGCGAGCGAAUGGGCGGCGCGGCGCGCGGGGCCGGGCGGAAGGAUGCGGGGCCGCCGGGGGCCGCACUCCCGCCUCAGCAGCGGAGAUUGGGGGAUGGUGUCUAUGAUACCUUCAUGAUGAUAGAUGAAACCAAAUGCCCACCCUGUUCAAAUGUUCUCUGCAACCCUUUUGAAGCACCUCUACCCAGAAGACUAAAUAUCACUACUGAACAGUUAACACGCGAUCAUACUCAGCGCUUUCUUAAUGGAGGUGAGAUGAAGGUAGAACAGCUGUUUCAAGAGUUUGACAAUACAAGAUCUGAAACUUUUCAGUCAGAGGGUAAAAAUGACUCUGAAAAAUGUUCUCCUACUAAAAGUUCAGAUAGCGGGAAUACAGUAAAAUCCAGCAGUUCAUCCAAAACAUCCAAAGUAGUGCCUCUGACUCCAGAACAAGCACUGAAACAAUACAAACACCUCCUCACUGCUUAUGAGAAGCUUGAAAUCAUCAAUUAUCCAGAAAUUUACUUUGUGGGUCCAAAUGCCAAAAAACGACAUGGAGUUAUUGGUGGUCCCAAUAAUGCAGGGUAUGAUGAUGCAGAUGGAGCUUAUAUUCAUGUACCUCGAGACCACCUCGCUUAUAGGUACGAGGUGUUGAAAAUUAUUGGCAAGGGGAGUUUUGGGCAGGUAGCCCGGGUCUAUGAUCAUAAACUCAGACAAUAUGUGGCCCUUAAGAUGGUGCGCAAUGAAAAACGCUUCCAUCGUCAAGCAGCUGAGGAGAUCCGAAUUUUGGAGCAUCUUAAAAAACAGGAUAAAACUGGUAGCAUGAAUGUUAUCCACAUGCUGGAAAGUUUCACAUUUCGGAACCAUGUCUGCAUGGCCUUUGAACUGCUGAGCAUAGAUCUUUAUGAGCUAAUUAAAAAAAACAAGUUUCAGGGUUUUAGCAUCCAGUUAGUUCGCAAGUUUGCUCAAUCCAUCUUGCAGUCCUUGGAUGCUCUUCAUAAAAAUAAGAUCAUUCACUGCGACCUGAAGCCAGAAAACAUUCUCCUGAAACACCAUGGCCGCAGCGCAACAAAGGUCAUCGACUUUGGGUCUAGCUGUUUUGAGUACCAGAAGCUUUAUACAUAUAUCCAGUCUCGGUUCUACAGAGCUCCAGAGAUCAUCUUAGGAAAUCGCUAUAGCACACCAAUUGACAUUUGGAGUUUUGGCUGCAUCCUUGCCGAACUUUUAACAGGACAACCUCUUUUCCCUGGAGAGGAUGAAGGAGACCAGUUGGCCUGUAUGAUGGAGCUUCUAGGGAUGCCACCGUCAAAACUUCUGGAGCAAUCCAAACGUGCCAAGUACUUUAUUAACUCCAAGGGCCUACCUCGCUACUGUUCUGUAACUACUCAGGCAGAUGGGAGGGUUGUGCUUAUGGGGAGUCGCUCCCGUCGGGGUAAAAAGCGGGGUCCCCCAGGAAGCAAAGACUGGAUCACAGCACUGAAAGGGUGUGAUGACUAUUUGUUUAUAGAUUUUUUGAAAAGGUGUCUUCAUUGGGACCCCUCUGCCCGCUUGACCCCAGUUCAAGCAUUAAGACACCCUUGGAUCAACAAAUCAGUACCCAAACCUCUCACCAUUGAAAAGGUGUCGAGGAAAAGAGUAGUAAAUCCUGCUAAUGCUUUCCAGGGUCUGGGUUCUAGGUUGCCUCCAGUUGUUGGAAUAGCCAAUAAGCUUAAAGCUAACUUAAUAUCUGAAAGCAACGGCGGGAUACCUCUGUGCAGUGUGUUGCCAAAACUGAUCAGCUGAUGGACAGCAGUAUGUUCAAAGAUGCAUAUGUGUGUAUUUUUAAUUAUCUUGCAAGCCUUCAGGUUUUUGCAAAUGGAAGGAAAAUAUAAGCCCAUUGGUGGAUAUGUUUUUGUUAUCUUAAACUUUUUUAACUAGGAAACACAUUUUUAUAUGACUGUAAAAGAACUCUCUAAGGGCUAAUUACCUAACCAGCCUAUUUGACCAUCCUGGAACAUAUAUUAAAUACCAUUUUAUAGGUCA